UGCCUGCCUCUGCCCUGAUCACAGCCGACAGAGUUAUAUGAGCUUCAGGGUCUUCAGGAAAGGGAUAAGUAUUUUAGAAAUCGGUUUCAGUGAAGGGCCACUCAACCGCAAGGCGUGCAUCUACACGGCCGCAGAGGACAGACAGCUGGGAGCUGCAGAUUUGUUUUAGGAGCUGUGAGGACAGCUCUGUCAGAUGAAGGACCCUGGACUGAAGUAGCAGUUUGUAGUCAGAGCGGGGCUGGAGGCAACGAUAGAGAGUCAGUACCAACAGGAACAUAGAGACAACAUGAAUCAGGUAAAAACUGACGACCACAGUGGAAGCAGCUCAACUGUGGCGCUGGUGGAGAGCAGUGCCAGCCCUGCAGGUCUUCAGCUGGUCAGCACCUACCAAACCAAUCGCAUUGGAGAUCCUCUCGAUAUUGUGUCCCUGGCACAGCAAAUCCAGAAGGCAGAUGAGUUUGUACAUGCCAACGCUUGUAACAGAUUGACUGUGAUCGCGGAGCAAAUCCAGUAUCUCCAAGAGAAAGCCCGAAAGGUCCUGGAAGACGCCAAGAGGGAUGCAGAUCUCCAUCAUGUCGCCUGCAACAUUGUGAAGAAGCCUGGCACGGUGUACUUCAUGUACAGGCGGGAUUCUGGUCAGAAAUACUUCUCCAUCCUUUCACCAAAGGAGUGGGGGCCGACCCACCCUCAUGAGUUCCUUGGUGCGUACAAGCUGCAGCAUGACAUGUCAUGGACGCCAUACGAGGAGAUUGAGAAAAGAGAUUCCGAAGUUGGUCUCAUUAACAAGCUCCUGACCCAGCAGCAGACACUGCCACAUAGCACAGAGGCCAACUUCCAUGGACUCGAACCGAUGAUUCUUCCUGCUGACAAAAACAGCCUCAAAGAUUCGAACAUGUCCUGAAAAGGAGGUUUUGAUUCCAGAAAACACUGAGCUCCGUGAUGGUCACGCUGGAUAAUUCUGAAACUUUGUUUCACGCCUAUUCCUUUGAAAUUCAUGGUUCCGUCUCUUUCAGCAACACAGCUUAGAAAUGACUGUGUGGGUUAACAGUAGAAAAACACUGAUAUGUUCAUUUGACUUCCCUUUUGUUUCUGUAGAGGGUAGACAGUAUUCAAUUUAUAUGAAAUGGGCCAGCAUUGUAUAAAGUAACACACUGGGGAAUAGCAUAAGAACAUAAUAAGCAUCUGCCCUUUAAUAUCUAUAACAGCAAACCAGGUUAAGCAGGGAAAACUUCAUUCCUAAAUGAUGCCAACCAGCACAAAUGGUUACAAGCAUCUGAGAAUCUCAAAUCCAUGGAGGAAAUUCAGCAAAGUGAACUGUUAUUGUUGUACUUAUUUACACUUUGAAUAUGAUAACUAGUGACCUGGUUAUAAAUUGCUCAUCCCAAAGGUAUCACCAUUGUAAUUAAGUUAUUCAAUAAGAAUAUUAAAAAGCUGCAGGAAACCAUA